UACUCAACCUCUCCACUUGCACGCUCUGACGGGUAAGAGGCGCUAUUGGACAAUCACAUCCCUCCAUUUCCCCGCGGCAGAGGCGCAUUGUUGGUCGGAAAUGGGAAAACCCUGAGCCGUGAGGUUGUCGCUGCUGGCUUCACUGGAGUAUAGAGAGUUACACGACGGCAGAGAGAGGGAAGAACAAGCAACCCUGGAGUUUUAUGCGGAGGAGACGUUAGUUCUUGGAGUUUUUCGCUAUGAGCUGGGGAACGGAUCUUUGGGACCAGUUCGAGAAUCUCGACAAACACACGCAGUGGGGCAUCGACUUCCUAGAGCGCUAUGCAAAGUUCGUCAAGGAGCGUCUGGAGAUCGAGCAGGCCUAUGCAAAGCAGCUACGGAGUCUGGUUAAAAAAUAUUGUCCCAAACGCUCCAAAGAUGAUGAGCCCAGGUUCACAUCCUGUCUGUCAUUCUACUCCAUACUGAACGAGUUGAAUGACUACGCAGGUCAGCGAGAGGUCGUUGCCGAGGAGAUGGGGCACAAAGUGUAUGGGGAGCUGAUGAGGUACUCACAGGACCUGAAGGCAGAGAGGAAACAUCAUCUCCAGGAGGGACGAAAGGCCCAACAGUAUCUAGACCAGUGCUGGAAACACAUGGACAAUAGUAAAAAGAAGUUUGAACGGGAAUGCAAAGAGGCAGAAAAAUCACAGAUGAUGUACGAGAGGCUAGACAAUGACAUCAACGCCACAAAGUCAGAGGUGGAAAAGGCAAAGUCCCAGCUGUAUCUGAGACAACACAUGGCGGAGGAGAGCAAGAACGAGUAUGCAGCCCAGUUGCAGAACUUUAAUGCUGAACAGUGGAAACAUUUCAACGUGGCCAUUCCUCAAAUAUUCAAGAAUCUGCAGGACAUGGAUGAACGGCGGACGGUCAAGCUUGGUGAGACGUACCGGAGUUUUGCCGAGGUGGAACGAAGAGUCAUUCCCAUUAUCUCAAAAUGCCUGGAGGGCAUGGUGACCGCUGCUAAAAAUGUGGAUGAGCGUAGGGAUUCUGGGAUUGUAGUGGAGUCAUUCAAGUCAGGGUUUGAACCCCCGGUCGAUUUCCCUUUUGAGGACUUCAGUCAGAACAUCCAGCGAACAGGAUCAGAUGGCACCAUUGGGACCCCCAAAACAGAGGGAGGCAAACCGGACCCCAAACACCCUAUUAGCAGGACCAAAAACAAACUCUGGCUUUUCGGGAAGAAACCCAAGCUUCCCCCAUCCAUCCCUCCUCCUUCCCUCCCAAGUUUUCCCUCUGGCCAUUUCCAGCCUCCUAAAUUCCGAACAGAGCGGAUAGCUAACCAUCUAUCUGAAAUGAGAAAUGCAAAAUCUAAGAUUCCAUCCUUCCGAACUGUGAAAAGAGGGGCGCCAACACUAGAGGAUCUCAGCCAUCUUCCCCCUGAACAGAGACGCAAAAAACUUCAACAGAGGAUUGAUGAGCUGAACAAAGAACUACAGAAAGAAAUGGACCAAAGAGAUGCUCUUAACAAAAUGAAGGAUGUCUAUGAGAAGAAUCCUCAGAUGGGAGAUCCUGGAAGUCUCCAGCCCAAGAUUUCAGAGACCAUAUGCAACAUGGAGAAACUUCGCUCUGAGAUCCAUAAAAAUGAGAGUUGGCUGGCAGAGGUUGAAGGGAAACAUGGAUCUCGUGGUGAACGGCGGCCCAGUGCAGAUGUGAACCACCACGCACCCCACGGUAGAGAGAGCCCUGAAGGCAGUUACACAGACGAUCACAGUCAGGAGCAUCGGUCUCCACCACAGCCCGACCCACAUGAUUUUGAUGACGAGUUUGACGAUGACGAUCCUCUCCCUGCCAUCGGCCACUGCAAAGCUCUCUACUCUUUUGAUGGCUCUAACGAAGGCACCUUGGUUAUGAACGAGAACGAGGUGCUGUACGUCAUAGAGGAAGAUAAAGGCGACGGAUGGACGCGGGUUCGGAAACAUAGCGGAGUGGAGGGCUACGUCCCCACGUCCUACGUGGAGAUCACACUGGAGAAAAACAGCAAAGGUGCGGUCACCUAUAUAUGACAUCACCCACGGCAGCACCGUCUAGUUAUGACAUCAUACACGGGGGAGUGCAUGUCAGAUUUACCGUGACUCAUCAAGUGCAGCUCGGCUGACUGCCAUAUGCUUUUGUUCACUGUGUGAGCCCAAGGACAAACACACACACACACACACACACACACACACACACACACACACACACACACUGUCGAAAGUGACUGUAUUUCCUCUGCACUGCGACUUUGCUGCAGCGGAUCAAUCUGUAGAAUUGUAGAGAUUUUUAUUACAUUUUAUUCCAUUUUAAUAAGUGUUUUUAAUCAUCAAACUGAACAAAAUACAUAGGCUCCUUUUCAAAUGUCUUGUCUGUCUGAGAGAUGAUUUGCUCAUUAUAAUAGUGAGAGAAACUGCUCAGUCAGCUCUUUAUUGUUGAGAUUUAUGUUUUUAUACAUGUUGAAACUAAAGUAUACUCUACUGCAUUAUUACUACAGUCCAAUCAUUUGUUCUAUUCAGUAUGAGGAUACAUUGAUGUUCUUCUGAGCUUUCAGUUCAUGCAGAUUCCAGUUCUUCCACCUUUCGUUGAAACCUGUUUCACUUCAACUUUUUCUGCGAGUGCUACCCUUCUCGUUAAACUUGUGCGUCACAACUUCUUUUUUUAAUUUGUGACUUGAAAUUAAAAGCGUACAAUAAAAACAAUCCAAGAACAUUGCGUAACUUCAGAGCAGCACUCAGUUUGGCUGGCUCACUAGCGCCCUCUAUCUUUUUUUUUUUUUUCCUCUGUCGCUGGUCAAACUUUGCUGUCGGUGGACCUGUCAAUGACUCUGUCCUCUCUUUUCUUUCUGUGGCUACAGGUUCCUGAUUGGAUGAGUGGGGUUCUGUGGUGUUUGGUGGACGGGACUCACUGCUGUGGGUCUGUUAGUGGGGCGGUGGGGCGAAAUUUAAGACCGAGAUUGUGUUGGGGCAGGUUGCAUGUUUGCAUGCUGUUUGUGUCAUGGCCAUUAACAUCAUUCCAUUGCAGCAGACGUUCCAGGGAUAUCGGGGUAGUUGGGAGGGCGUGGGAGAACGAGGAGCAAUAAUGAGGAUUCCAAAGAGAGUCGUUGCCUGACACUAACAUGUUCAGGGGAAUGUUUGCCUGUACCAUCUUUUCAUGUUCAUCAUAACAUGCACCUGCAUGAUCCGCAGCCGUUCGUUUCUCAUUCCAUGCUGACCAAUUGAUUCCUUAAUAGGUUUAACCACUUAUCUCUCAACCACCUGUGUGUCCGUUUCUCUUUUGACUGUUUCCUCAUUGAUGCAUUCCAUGUUAACCAUGAUAUAAAUCUCAUAAGCAUGACCAAUCAGAGUAAAGGAAGCAUGGUGCUACUGUAGCCAAUGCAACGGUCCUCACUGCAACAUCCACCCACUGGCCCCGCCCCCUUUGCAUAGUUCGGUGGAUGGAUCCUGGUGCAGUUCUGCAUUUGACCAGCAGGGGGACCCAACACCAUAUAAAACGAGCAGAGAAAACGCCAGCGAGGACCUAUGAACACCAACCCAUCAUCUCUGCCUUAAUUACAGGCUUCUGUAUGGAAACUAAAGCAUAUAGGGGUCUAUCAGAUCCUCCGUGCCCAAAAAACUGCUCGUUCUUGGGCUGCCAGCUCUUUGUGGUGCUUUCUCCAUUUCUUGUCCAGCUCUUGGUUUCACAUGUGCAAGAACAUGCUCACUGCCUCCUAACAAGGGACCACACGUCUCCAGAAUCCGAUCUCAAGUGCGUGUUUUUGUGAAUGUGAUUCUUACAUAUAAAACUGUGUAUGCAUAUGGGUGCAUAUAUGCAUAUGUAUAUACCUAGUUAGUUUUUAUUAUUAAACUGUAUGUAUUAACAUCUUUAUUUCAGAAUGAAUGUUUUUAUUGUGAUUGUUUUUUUUUUUUUGUUAACCAAGCGAGUGACUUUCAGGCUUUGCUUUUAAGAACCGUGCCGUACUCUUUUUGUAACCAGUUCUUCUUCUUCUCAGUAGGACCCUGGUCUUAACCAAUGCACUUUUUACCCUGUUGCAUUUGAAUUGGAUUAUUAGGGAGUGAAUGGUGUCAGAUGUGAAUGCUUGCUUUUGUGUGAAUGUGUUGUACAGUGAGACAACGUUGACCACUAUAUACUGGGGUUUGUGUUGGAGCAAGAGCAACCGAGAAAUAAAUACUUAUGUCUGUUUGUCUCGUU